GCCGAGUCGGCGCCGACGGGGUCUUCCGGGAACUUGCCCCACAUCUCAACAGUCGUCAAUCAUCCACCGGAUCUGACAUGAUCUGAUCCGAAUGACAGCUACAAUGUUUAUGGAUACCUACUCGCCCGACCAGUGGCUGAGUCCGGUCAUGAACUUCUUCGAACGCCUUUCUUCCACGCAACGCGUCUUGGCUUGGCUUUCUUCUACAGUUCUUCCGACCACAUGGGUUGCACCUGCACCUUUUCUUCCCGCAAAAGGCCUCAGGAUUAGUCAUCUCACAGCCCGGUCUCUCCCAUUGGCUGCACAAAGCCCCAUGUCUCCACUCUCCCACCCUUCGGGGCGCGGGAUUGGCUGACACUGAGGCCUUGGCAGUUCCGCAACCGGCUAUUGGAGCAUGG